UCACUGGUAACAAGGUCCGCUCUUACAUUUUGGCAGCGCUGCGAUUGGCCGAAAGUUCCACUGGCGCCACGUGAUUAUUUAACUUAUCCCACACUUGACAGGUCGUGUCCCCAUACUUUGAAGGCCACCUGUAGCUGAGACUGAUAGUCUUGUCGUGUGCCAUUGGUACAUAUUUCGGGGGAAUGUCUGCCCAUGUGAGUUUGAGGGAUGGCAGUUCAUCGGAGGAGGACAGCCGACCCGAGCUAGAGAGGACGAUGGAUGGCCGCAAAACUCAAGUGACAAGACACCAUCAUCCCUUCAGUGUGGAGGCUAUAAUGUCGGGUAGAAAGAUUCACAGUGAGUUUACAAGCAAACCCGACAAUGUCUCUGUGGUUCCAUUUUCAAAGACGCAGAACUCUCCGUACCUGUGCAGAGAGAGCUACAGCCCUCCCGCGGGAAUCCGAAAGCACUUUAUCCCACCGUCGCCGGUAAAGUCAGAGUCCUCCGAGCCGGAGGAUUGUGCUCCCUGGGUUAUGAGCCCAAGAUUCUCUGCACAAACUCGGCAGGUAAGUCCUACCUGUCCGCUGCGGAAGCACAAGACCAACAGAAAGCCUCGUACUCCCUUCACCACCUCCCAGCUGCUGUCUCUGGAGCGGAAGUUCCGUCAGAAGCAGUACCUGUCCAUCGCUGAGCGGGCCGAGUUCUCCAGCUUUCUGACCCUGACUGAGACCCAGGUCAAGAUUUGGUUCCAGAACCGCCGGGCUAAGGCCAAGAGACUACAGGAGGCCGAGCUGGAGAAGCUCAAAAUGGCUGCCAAACCCACGCUGCACCCGGGCUUUACGUUACCCAUGCCCCUGGGAGCACAGCUCCACACAGCCGUCUCCCUCUACGGACAGUCCUACCCCUACCACCGUCCCAUGCUGCCCCUCUCACCUAUGGGGUUGUACGCUACACCUCUGGGAUACAGCAUGUAUCAUCUAUCAGGAUGAUGGAUAGGAAUAUACGCUUCUGCUCGCUGGACUAUUCUGUUCAUAUUAGCCUUUGACACGUGGACAUAACUCUUUUUUUAAAUACUAUAUAUUUCUCCUUGCUAUGAAACAACACUGAAAUUGAGUUUUUUUUUACACCUGAAGAUACAGCACCUCACUCACGAAAGAGCCUUAAAGACUUAGAUGAAUUGUUUUCUAGUGUCUUGUUUUUCUUCUGCUGAUUUGGAUAUCAAGGCCAAAUUAACUAGCGGUUCUGUUUUACUUGAUGUAAUAUAUUCCAAUGCAAAUGUUUAUCCAGUUGCCUCUGAAAUUGACAACAUGUAGUUCAAUUACUGCCAUUCCACUUGUCAUCUAGCUAGCAUAGAAGAUUCAACUAAGGCCCAUAAUUCUGUUUUUGGCCCGGGGUGAAUCAAAACUUCAGGACUGUCUCGUUUUACCUCUGCUUGAUGACAGACAAGUUUGAUUUCCGACUGCUUUCAUCCCAUACCGAAGUCUAAUAAAUUAGUUGUGGGAACUGUUGUCUUUUUUUUCAUAAACUCAACUAAUUCAAAUGUGUUGCUAUUUUUCCGUUAGAUUUGACUGUAGCAACAAAUUCUAUUCAGCACUUCUGUUUUAUCAGGCAUUUGUAGUCUUCGAUUAAUUUGUGUAUACUUAUUUAUUUUGCUUUCACUCUAAACUUUUAAUGCUGGAAAUGAAUUGAGUGAUUCAUGUUUCGUAUUUAUAACAUGUAGCUCAAAUGUGGCAAAAGUUUAUACUUUUUAAUCUUUCAUCUAAAUGUUCCUUUGGAAGGAGCUAUACUAUGCAGUUUUAUAAAUACUUUUUAAUUUGGUUAUGUAUGUCAUUCACAAGGAUCAAAUUAAAAACGUUUGAAACAUAUGUUUUCUUCUUGAGAUAUUAUGUAAGUGAGAAUAUGUUGUUACGUAUCUACGGCUGUGCUAUCUAAGCCUUUGAAAUUGAACAUGCCCUACAUUUUCCACAGACACAGCUGAUGUGUGGGGUGGUUACAUGGUUGCUAAUGUUUAUGUCAAUAUUUGACAACCCUUAAGUGUAAGCACAUAAAAGUCAGAUUUCCAGAUAUUGUAAAACUGUUGUAAACCAUAUCAGUGAAUGUCAUUUUAAAACAAUGUUUCAUUGUUGUCAUGGAAUUUGCAGUGUUAGGCUUCCAGUAAGUAAUAUAAUUAUUUAAUUUCAUGUGAAAUUGUGUUAAUGUCAACUGAAAUGGAGAAAUGCAGAGCCCCAAACCAAAGCAUCUAAACUAUACCACCUUCCCUCUUCUCAGACCUUCACAUUCUGAAAGCAGUAACUUCAGCGAGAAUCUGUGGAACGAUAAGUAGAGUUGUACCUGUGUCUGAAACACUGUCGUUCAUCAUACCUUUGGGUUAUUUCAAUGACAAAAGUUGUUAAGCUACUAAGAUUUAAACAUGCCAGGUUUUAAGACGGCAGUAGUAUUAUUUCCCGAGCAGCAUUCUUGGGACUAAUUGACCUUAAUUCUAUUGUUGUUGUUUUUUUUUGUCAACUGUGUCCGGCUUCUACAACACUUCUGCUUGUGUGAUACACCAUUGGUUUGGAAAGCCAGAUUGGUCAUGUUUUAUGGUCCUCCUUCCUUCCUUGUUAUAUCAUUCAUCAGGGCCCUAACCCCAUAAAGUUAGCUGCAUUUGUGGCAAUUGUAGGAGCUGCUUACAACUUCCGUGUGACUUUGAUGUAAUGAGGAAAUCAUUUAUAGGCAGCACUCUAUUUAUGAGCUUCCCUUUAAUCAAAACAAGGCAGCCAGGCAAGCCCUUGGCGCAGUCAAGCAAUCAGCUUAAUGAACAGCAGAUUGGCAGAGAUGUGUGAGGAUCUGUUUGGAAAUGUCAGGUUGAGGCUAUAUUACUUGAGGGAGAAGUUCUUUAUCUAUUGAAACAAUGUUCUAUAUUUGUGCUAAAUAAAUGGUUUCACCAUUAUUGUGA